AUGGCGGAAGGUGUCGAUAUUGAUUUGUAUGACAACUUAGAAGAGGAUUUUAAUCAGGAUGCGGACUACAACCAUGAUAGUGAUUUAUAUGAUGAUGUUAUCACAGCCCCAGCAUCUCAAGAAGGGUUAGAUCAUGGGGAUUUGCGUCAUGAUUCCAAAUCUGGUUCUUCUGCUCCCAUCAUGCCUGCCAACUACACAGGCAAAAGAGUUAGUCUCUAUGUUGGCAAUCUCACCUGGUGGACAACUGAUCAGGAUUUGACAGAUAUCAUUGCUUCAGUUGGAGUUCCAGAUUUAUUAGAGAUUAAGUUCUAUGAAAACAGAGCCAAUGGGCAAUCAAAAGGUUUUGCUGUUGUUGCUGUUGGAUCUGAGGCAUCAUCUCGAAUUAUCUUUGACAAAUUGCCUAAAAAGGAAAUCCAUGGGCAGACACCUAUCGUAACACACUGCAACAGACAAGCACUGAAUCAGUUUGAAGCUCAGGCUAGAAAAGGAGAGCCACCACCCCCAACAGACCAUCAUCGACCCCAUCCUAGCUGGAAUCCUAUGGUCCCCUUUCCUGGCUCAGCUUCUUACCCUACUGGACCACCACCACCCCCACAGCCUGCACCGCCACCUGGUGUCCGACCACCACCACCACCUGGUGGACCUCCAUUGCAUCAACCACCUCCAGUAUCAGCCCCUCCACCAGGUCACCCUCCAGCACCAGCACCUCAUGUCAACCCUGCCUUCUUUACUCCACAACAUGGUCAGCCUCCACCUGCAGGGCCAAUGGUAAAAAUCUCUUCUACCAUAAUUUUCUUUUUCUUUCUGCAUGCUCUCUCUCUCUCUCUCUCUCUCUCUAUAGAUGAUUGUUCCUCCCCGACCUGCCCAGUAUCCUUUCAUGAGAAAAGUGACCUGGCUGAGAUUUACUGUUAUGAGCCAUCUGCAAUGUGA